AUGUCCUAUGACCGCUACGUUGCCAUCUGCAAGCCCCUGCACUACGGGACCUUGAUGGACAGCAGAGCUUGUGCCACCAUGGCAGCAGCUGCCUGGGGCACUGGGGUUCUCAGUUCCCUGCUGCACACUGCCAACACAUUUUCACUGCCUCUCUGCCAAGGCAAUGCUGUGGAUCAGUUCUUCUGUGAAAUCCCUCAGAUCCUCAAGCUCUCAUGCUCACAGUCCUACCUCAGAGAAAUUUGGCUUCUUGUGAUCGGUGCCUCUUUAGCAUUUGGGUGCUUUGUUUUCAUUGUUGUGUCCUAUGUGCAGAUCUUCAGGGCUGUGCUGAGGAUGCCCUCUGAGCGGGGACGGCACAAAGCCUUCUCCACGUGCCUCCCUCACCUGGCCGUGGUCUCCCUAUUUGUCACCACUGCCUUUUUUGGUAAUCUGAGGCCCUCCUCCAUUUCUUCCCCACCCCUGGACCUGGUGGUGUCAUUUCUGUACUCAGUGGUGCCUCCAACACUGAACCCCCUCAUCUACAGCACGAGGAACCAGGAGCUCAGGGAUGCAGUGAGGAAAAUGAUGCCCUGCUCACAGUUCAGCAGGGAUAAACUUCUCACCUGUCUCUAUAAAUGA